UACUACCGGAAGUACAGAAUAUGAGACUUUCCCGGAAGUUCGGACUCUAGGAGACUCCCAUAUCAUUCUUAUUACAUAAUGAUCAUUUUGAAAAAAAAAAUAUCAGAUGAAGGAGGUCGUAUUGAAAUUUACAUAUAAGAUUAGAAACAAAACACAAAUUUGAAUAACUAUGUUUUCAUUUUUCAGUGAGACACCGUGAUAAUGGCGGGAAGUUGCUGGCGACAUGUUCGGUCAACCUAACUGUUGCUCUAUCCAUUCUCGUGUAUAUCAUUAGGCGAGAUCAUGUUUAGCCAUUCACCCACUCGCCAAUGCCAGUACAUUGCUUGUAUAGUGUUUGUUUAUACAUGUAUUAUAUGGGCAAUCAAAUACUGAAAACCCAGUUUUACCGGGAUAUUCCCCGUGCGUUCUUUGGAUGUUAUAGCUUUACUUUCACUUUCCCAGGAAGAUGCAAUAGGGUCUGUAAGUCUCGUUUACUUUCGCUUUCGUUUUACUAUUUCCGGGCAGUAAAGCAAAAUGCCGUAUUGUUCUGCAUACGGUUGCAAUCACAUUACCGGCGGAAAACAGCGUUGCAGCUUGUUCGCUUCCCGAUUGACGCACAAAAAAGAAAGAAAUGGAGUGAGAGGUGCAGGCGUGCAGAUAGAGAUUGUAAUAAUAAUGAUCGAAUCUGCAGUUGUCAUUUCCGCGAGGGCAAGCAGGACAAUGGGCCAACCGUAUUCAGCUUCAGCAAAACGUUAAGCUUCCCAGAAGUACCCACUCGAAAAAGGAAAAAGAAAUCUAAAGAAGCUGGCAAUGAUGAGAUGGAUGAACAAUCUAAAGAAGUUGGCAAUGAUGAGAUGGAUGAACAAUCUGCAUCUUGUAAUGAUCAUGGUUAUCUAGUGCAUGACCAUUCCUACCACAUGACUUCAGAUGAUGAUGUUGAGGCUUCUAUGCCCAUUCAAAAACAAAUCAAUUCAGUGGAAAAGCUGGAGAACGAGGUAAAAUAGCUCCAGGAAGAAAUUAGGAACCUCCAAAUGAGGAAACCCAAAAUGACAGUGGGAGACAUCCUGGAAGAUUCCGAAAAGAUGCUGCUUUACACCUCAUUUCCAGCAGACGUCUUCAAUGUUAUUGUGCAAAUUCUCAAGCGAAUGGUGCCGUUUAAUUAUUAUGCUGGUUGGGAGGUCACCUGCUUUAGUUUAGAGGACCAACUGCUAAUAUGUUUGAUGAAGCUACGCUUAAACUUUCGAGAUCUAGACCUUGCUAUUAGAUUUGGUACAAGCAGAUCUACAAUAUCUAACAUUAUAAAUACAUUUAUCUCUGCUCUUCAUGAAAUCUUUUUUGAUGGUGUAUUGAAAGCUGUGGGUAUUCCUUCUCAAUUAAAGUGCAAAGGGUCUAUGCCAAAAUCCUUUUCAGAUUUCACCUCGGCAAGAAUUGCCAUGGAUGCCACAGAAAUCACCCAAGAUAUACCAUCAAACAUGAAUAGUCAAUCACUUACAUACAGCAACUACAAAAGCCGACACACUGUAAAGGCGGUAACAUGUGUGGCUCCAAACGGUGCUCUUGUAUUUACUUCCGAUUUAUAUCCCGGUUCCACAUCUGAUGCAGCCAUAGUACAGCAUUGCAAAGUUCUUGACCAAUUACAGCCUGGAGAUCUUAUUCUUGCAGAUAAAGGCUUUAAUAUUUUUGACAAACUUCCUUCCGGGGUAUCCUUAAACAUUCCACCUUUUUUGUCAAAUAAAUCGCAUUUUGCCAAAGAAGAGGCAAAACUUUGUUAUAAAAUUGGACGUAGUAGAAUUCAUGUCGAGAGAGCAAACGAAAGAAUAAAAAAUUAUGAAAUCCUUAAUCAUGUGCCAGCUCAGUAUAGACAUUUGACGACAAAGUUAUUUCAAUUGUGCUGCUGUCUAGUUAAUUUGCAGACCCCCCUUCUUAAGGAGAUUGCUGACAAAUAUGAGCUACUGUAAGAGUAGAUUCUAGGCCACAAUUUUUGAAUGUUAUACAUGUUGACUGGAAAUACAUGUAGAUCUCUCUUUGUAUUAUUAUAUGACAGCUAUUUUAAUUUUUUAUUCACAUGCAUGUUAGGGGAGAGAUCAAUGUCAGAUAAAAAAUCUAAAUUCGAAUACCAUUAGUUAUGGGGAGGAUGGUAAAUAUACCUGUAAAUAUGUCAUCUGAAAUCGAUUUUCACAUACAAAUCAUUAUCAACAUUCAUCAUAAGUACUUGUGAGGAGGAUCUUUAUGAAAAAUAUUUGAAUUUAGUUCUUUGUCAGUCAUUGAAUUUUGAUCUCACCUCUUACAAGCAUGAUUAUUGGCAAAUGUAUCAGGUAAGAAAUUCAUACUGUGUAAUUCUUAAAUUGUUACUUUUGGGGAUUUUAUUUUUCCAAGUAUUAUUUUCUUUCAGUAUAUGUUUUCUGAAUAAAAAAAAAGAACACUAAAGCUGAAUGAGAGCAAAAGUUAUAUAUUAUAUUAGAUAUAUAUGUACAUCAAGUCAAAUGAAAAUUUCUCAUAUAUUAUAAAUUUGUAGUGUUGAUAUAUUUAGCAAAUCAUUCUGAUAAAGAUGGAAGAAAAACUGAGAAAUAAAAAUCUAGCAUUGUUGAAA